AUGGCGUUUUCAUUCUCCUUCGCUGGGGACGACAUAGAGGAGGACGUCCAAGCUCCUGUACAGACCCAGACCAAUAACACGGCGACAACAUCAUCCUCUCCUUCGGCGGCAGGCGCGUUCCCUGUACAAGGCAAGCCGUUGCUUCCGCCGACCCAGCAUUCCCUGGAUGAUCUCCUCUCGCGGUUGCCCUCCAGGAUCGCCUUCAGUUUGCUUGAUAUCCAUCUCGGGGGUAGCCGCAUCCUUCAGCUACCCCGGCGUGAGCUGUGGGAUGUGCGUGUCCAGCUGAUGGCUGAGGAGAACACCGACAACCUUUCCGAGUCGGAAGCUGGACUCGGGGACCACGAUGUCAAGACGGGCAUUUACGAGGGCGGCUUCAAGAGCUGGGAGAGCAGCGUCGACUUGGUCAGGGUGCUUGCACGCGAGAACGUCACCGAUGUUCUGCUGCAAGACCCAUGUGUCCUGAUUGAGCUUGGUUGCGGCACAGCGUUGCCUUCACUUGCUCUAUUUCAAUGGGCUUUGGGUGAGAGGAAAUCCGACCAGAGGCAUCCACUCGUGCUUGCCCUCGCAGACUACAACCCUUCUGUGCUCUAUCUCGUGACUCUGCCCAACCUGAUUCUUGCCUGGGCCCUGCAGCGGCGGAGCGGAGACACCAAGCUCGACGAGGCUUUCAGCCUUGACGGGGAGCUGGAAUUAACACCAGGAGUGCUCGAAGCCUUUAGACAGACCCUUUCCUGCGAUCGGAUCACCCUAUCUUUCCUCUCAGGAGCAUGGUCUUCCGAGUUCGUUGACCUCCUUUACCGCUCCGGCGUACCUGCGAACCUCCCAGACACCACAAAGACACUGUUGCUGGGGUCCGAAACCAUCUACUCUCCGUUUGCUCUCGAAAGCUUCAGCAGCACGCUGCGUUCGAUCCUGCGGCGUGAGCGCCGCGAGCGCUCAAGUGGCAAUGCCAGGGCUCUCAUUGCCGCCAAGAGGCUGUACUUUGGCGUCGGUGGUUCCCUAGACGACUUCGUCGACAAGAUGAGGGGACUUGGCACCUCCGUCAGAACGCUGUUUGAGGAGACGCAGGGGGUGCACCGUGGCGUCGUCGAAUGUCUUCUCUCCUGA